AUGACUACCCCAAUCCUGGAGACGGCAGCCCCUGAUCACGGCUACCUCAGUCUACUCUCGCGUCUCCUUCAAGAACAGUGGGUAGAACGAUUCGAUGGACACGGUUACGUCGAUGAAGCAGGUUUCGAGAAAGAUGACCUGCGCUCAGUGAUUACAAGCGACCACAGCUACCCGUCCUUCACUGGCCGCAAUGUCAAGUAUGAAAUGCUUGUUGUCACCAGCACGACCUAUAGUUGUCCAGUGUUUCUGGCUAUUUCUGGUCCCGAACACGCCGACCAGAAUGAGUUGAUGGCUCUUAUACGUGAGAUUUUCAGACGUGGUGUGUAUUCCCCCGGUGCUGAUUGGCCAAAGUUCGGGGCUGUGCUUCGUGGACACAACAUUACCUUG